AUGUCGCGGGAGAACUGAAAUAACUCAAGAGUCAGCAUCUCGGGUACUCCCAGUUCUAGAAUGGACAAUGCACAUGAAGCCACAGAAGAUGAGGAGGAGGAAGAGGACUGGAUGGCAAUUAAUUGGGAUAGUAAUCUUACCUCUGGCACAAAAGAGUUACGUAACAAGAGCUGUUUUGACAACAAUGACAAAGUGAUGCCUAGUAAAGAUUUAUCAAACAGUAAAGAGACAGGAAAAGUUGAGACAAAAUCAAGCGAGACUUUGAUGUCUAGAAUGUUACUGAAUGACAACAAAGCAGGCAUGACAGGACUGGAUAAAGAAAAAAUUAACCAGAUUAUAUUUGAGGCAUCAAAAGGAUCUAAAUACUUUGAAAAUGAAAAGAAAAAGGAGGAACAAAUGGCAAAGAGGAUUGAAGAGCAGAAACAGAAGAUGAAGGAUAUCACCCAGGAGCAGUUAGAGACAGCUGAAAGGGAGGCAGAUCUUCUCUUGGAAGAAUUUGAUAGAUUGAGAGACCUUAGUAAGACCAUUGUGCACAUUGACAUGGAUGCUUUCUAUGCUGCAGUGGAGAUGCGAGAUGACCCAUCUCUCAGAGACAAACCAAUGGCUGUAGGAGGCAAUUCGAUGCUGUCAACCUCCAAUUAUCAUGCAAGGAAAUUUGGAGUAAGAGCAGCAAUGCCAGGAUUUAUUGGGAAGAAGUUGUGCCCUGAACUUGUCAUCGUCCCAGCUCAUUUUGAUAAAUAUACUUCAGUAAGCAAACAGGUCAAAGAGAUUCUGGCAACCUUUGACCCCAACUUCUGCACGGUCAGUUUAGAUGAAGCUUACCUAGAUUUCACAGAUCACUUGACAAAGCGCAGUGCCCUGACAGAGAAAGAGCGGACAGUAAUUUGUCGCACUUGUGACAGCUUUGAUAAGAAUUUGUGUUUAUGUGAUUUGAAUGAAACUCUGGGUGUAGGUCUUUGUGAAGAUGGGACUUUAAAGGUCAAAGCCAAGGUUCCUGAUGCCUGCACUGGUUGUGGCAAGCCUGUUCCUGAGUUUGAGAUGGUGACAUUUGGAACAGCUGUGGAAGAUGCAGUCAAAGAAAUGCGCUCCAGGAUACAGCAAAAGACUUGUCUAACAGCUAGUGCAGGUGUUGCUCCAAAUAUGAUGUUAGCCAAAGUCUGUUCAGACAUGAACAAACCAAAUGGUCAAUACAUCAUCCCACCCACUGUAGAGGCUGUCAUGUCCUUUAUCAGGGAGUUAUCCAUUAGAAAGAUAAGUGGCAUUGGCAAGGUCUCUGAGAGGAUGCUGAAUGCCUUGGGGGUAAAGACCUGCCAAGAUCUCUACAACAAGAGGGGACUUCUCUACCAUCUCUACUCACAGAUCUCCUUUAACUACUUCAUGAGAAUUUGUCUUGGGAUCGGAUCCACAACUGUGGAAAGAGAUGGAGAAAGGAAGAGUAUGAGUACUGAAAGAACAUUCUCUGAGCUGAGUGCCCCCUCAGAACUAUACAGUAAAUGUCUGGAGCUGAGUCAUUCAUUAGCUGAAGAUCUUCAGUCAGAAGAGCUGAAAGGUAGAACUGUCGCUAUUAAGAUAAAGACUGUCAAGUUUGAUGUGAAGACAAGAGCAUGCUCACUUCCAGAUUACACCAAUGAUGCGGAGGUUAUUUAUGCAGCAGCAAAAGAUCUUCUUUGUAAGGAGAUAAAGAAUGUACAUCCACAACCUCUACAACUAAGACUUAUGGGGGUUAGAAUGAGUUCUCUGGUUGAUCAGAAUUUUGUCACAAACAAGAAACAACAGAAUACAUUAAUGCAGUUUGUGAAGAAAGGAGAAAAGACUGGGAAAAAUGAGAAUCAACAGCUUGUGGAAAAGUGCUCAAAUCAUGUGGAUAUACAUGUACAUGUAGCUGAGAAAGAUCUUCAGUGUUCAGAGAAAAGUGAGCAGCAAAAUGAUGACCCAAAUUCAGGAAAUUGUGCUGAGCAGAUUAAUCAGUGUCAUAAGGAAAACUGUGAGCAAAGAAGAAGAAAUGAGAACAGCCAUUCUAAUUCUGACAGUGAAUUGAUACAAGAUUGUGCUUUACAAAACUGUACAUCUGAAACACUUUUUCUCCUGGAAAAUCCUGAGAAGUCAAAAGAAAUCAUAGCAAAUGUGACAAAACUUUCAGUGUGUGAUGUGAACAAAGAAGCAAAGAGUUAUGAAAGAUGUGAGUAUAACGAACCAUGUGAAGAUAAAACCAUUUCAGAUGACUGCACUACUAAAGAAGACAUAGCAGAAAAGAAGCCGGAGACUUUGUGGUAUACCUGUCCAGUUUGUAGGGAUGAAGUUGGCUGCAGUGACCUGCAUGUAUUCAAUCGUCAUAUUGAUACAUGUUUGAGUAGAUCUAUUGUUAUGGAAUGCUCAAGAUAUCAACCAGAGGAAGAAACAGCUAGGGAUAAGAAACCCAGCACAAGAAAAACUCUCACUCCUAAGCAUAAAAGUAUCUCCUCAAAGCAACUCAAAUCAAGCUCAAGAAAUUCACAAGAAAUUAUGGAGACUAAAUCUCAGGUUUCUGGGUCACCAGUAUCUCGAAAAAGUCUCAUUGAAAAGAGAGAACCAAUGAAUGAUGAACAUCAAGAUCUGAGACAUUUGCAAUCCCCCAAAAUUGUGGUUGAAAAGACAGUAAAAUUAUCUAAUCCAUCUUCUGAAGGACCCAGUACAUCAAAAAUUCAGAUGAAAGACAAUGUAGACCCUGAUGUUCUGACAGAAACUCAAGACAGUAAAUUGAGAGAAACUUUGGUGUGUCCUGUAUGUUUCAUGGAACAGACAGGAGUAGAUUUAGACACCUUCAACCAACAUGUGGAUAGUUGUUUGUGUAAAGGAACAAUCAGUGAUAUCCUGAAAGAGCAAAAGCAAAACAACAAAAGAUCCCUAGAGAAGCAAGAAUCACCAGGGCCUAAAGGAAAGCGAAAAAGACAGGAAAGUGGUCCUAAAUGCCAAAAUAUAGCUUCGUUUUUCCAAAUUAACACAUAAAAAAAUUUAGUUUACUUAUUCCCAGUCAGCAGCCUUGAUGCUAAAAAAAUAGAAGGGGCAAUCGCUAUAAAUAAUUUGUUUAAUAAAAUUGAAAGUACAUGUAUGAUUUCUUUUUCUUCACAAUGAAAGAAAAAUUAGAGGUUUUACUUUUCUGGAUGAGGAAAGGUUUUUAUUGGAUGGAUUGCAGUAUGGUUACAUUUAUUUCUUUGAAGUUGAAGAUUUGCACAUAUUAUGUGAUGAAUACUUAAAACAUGUUUUCUUUUUUACUCUAAAACAGAUGCAAUUUGUGGAAACUGUUAUCACUUCUUUUUAUUUUUUCAAUUAAAUGAAUGAAAGAUUCAA